UAAGGGUACCAGUGACCAUGAGAUCACUGCAGUUUCUCAGAGCCCCUUUCCUGUGUGGCCUGCUCUGGGCCUUUUAUGCUCCACGUACCAGGGAUCAGGAGCCUGGUGCCGGUGCCCCCCAUCCCGGCAGCGUGGGCCUGGAUAAGAACACAGUGCAUGACCAAGAGCAUAUCAUGGAGCAUCUAGAAGGUGUCAUCAACAACCCAGAGGCAGAGAUGUCCCCACAAGAACUGCAGCUUCAUUAUUUCAAAAUGCACGAUUAUGAUGGCAAUAAUUUGCUUGAUGGCUUAGAGCUCUCCACAGCCAUCACACAUGUCCAUAAGGAGGAGGGGAGUGAGCAGGCACCACCAAUGAGUGAAGAUGAACUAAUCAACAUAAUAGAUGGUGUGUUGAGAGAUGAUGACAAAAAUAAUGAUGGAUACAUUGACUAUGCUGAGUUUGCAAAAUCACUGCAGUAGAGGUUAUUUGGCUAUCUCCUAGUUAGAUGCAAAUGUGACCCAUGAUAAUGUGAUUGAACACUUCUGAUAAUGUAAAAUAAAGUAUUUCCAACUACUGCUACAGCAUUUUGGUAAAAUUGCGUAACGAUUUGUUACACUGGGGUGAAAAGGAGAAAAUGAGAAGUAAAAGAGGAAAAAUAGAACAUCCUGUAGUCACUAAGUGCUGUCAAAAGUCUUAUUGGACAAGGGUUUGAUUAAAGAAUUCUUUUAAAGAAUAUUGGAUAAUUGGAGCCAAGCUCAGGAAUUUGACUAGAGAAUAUUGCUUGUUUGUCUUUUUUAAAUUUCAGUUCAUGUUACCUAAAAACGUAAGACAUUAAAUAAGUUUUGCCAA